CAUUGUCCACGGUGGCAAGUUGGGAGGCAUCGGAAGAUGGGUACAGCCGGAAUGAAUCAGAGUCCACUCGAACGAAACGAGCGCCCUUCUCUAAAUAUAGCAGUCUCCUCCAUUUCCAUUUUCAUAUUUGCCAAUUUCAGCGCCAGGAGCCGCCAGGAGAGACAGAAUCCGCCGAGGCAUAUUCCGGGAGCGAAGGUCAGCCGCAAGCAGAGGCAAUGCGAGGAGGUGGAGAGAGAGAUGAGGGUGUAAUAGCCACUGACUUCUUCUGGUCAUACACCGACGAGCCUCACGCUUCAAGGAGACGCCAAAUUCUCUCGCAGUACCCUCAGAUUCGGGAGCUCUUCGGUCCUGACCCGUGGGCUUUGUUCAAGAUUUCUGUGGUUGUUCUGCUUCAGUUAUGGACUGCCACGACCCUUCACAAUGCAGACUGGUUAAAGAUAUUGGCAAUAGCCUACUUCUUUGGCUCUUUUCUGAACCACAAUCUGUUCUUAGCUAUUCACGAGCUCAGCCACAACCUUGCCUUUUCAACACCUGAUCACAACAGGUGGCUCGGGAUUUUUGCUAAUCUCCCCAUUGGAGUGCCCAUGUCCAUCACAUUUCAGAAGUAUCACCUAGAGCACCAUCGCUUCCAGGGAGUGGAUGGCAUGGAUAUGGAUGUUCCAAGCCAGACUGAAGCUCGUCUGGUGACUAAUGUCGUCUCAAAAGCUAUAUGGGUUGUCCUCCAACUCUUCUUCUAUGCUCUCCGGCCAUUGUUUCUAAAACCAAAGCCCCCAGGCCGAUGGGAGUUCAUCAACUUCUUUAUUCAGAUAACUCUUGAUGUUGCCAUGGUUUACUUUUGGAGCUGGAAGACUUUUGCUUACCUGAUUCUCUCCACCUUCGUCGGUGGCGGGAUGCAUCCGAUGGCUGGUCACUUCAUUUCCGAACAUUACGUCUUCAAUCCCAAACAGGAGACGUACUCUUACUACGGUCCUCUUAAUCUUCUUACAUGGAGUGUGGGUUACCAUAAUGAGCACCAUGACUUCCCCAGGAUCCCAGGAAACAAGCUUUACAAGGUGAAGGAGAUUGCACCUGAAUACUACAAUGAAUUAGAUUCGUAUAAAUCAUGGAGCCAGGUGAUAUACAUGUACAUUAUGGACAGGUCAGUGGGGCCAUUCAGUAGGAUGAAGAGACUGUCAAAGAAACCCGAGUAGCCCAUCCUUUUCUCUCCCCCUUUAUAUUCUUUUGUUUCAUUCUUUUUCCAUCUCUCUCUUGAGCUGGUUUUGCCAUUGUGUUUUGCCUACGUUCGUGGAGAGUUUAUUUGUUCUACUUAGAUUGUGUAAUAGCCAGGCAUGUAUGUUGACUGUACUGUAAUCCAUUUUCAGAGCUUUUUGAGGAACUGAUUGUGAAAGGAGCCGAACAUUGGCGAACCUGGAUCCUCAUAGGCUUGGUAAUUGGUUUGCUUACAACUAUUGUACCUAUACUUUCAGGGCUGUGCCUCCAUAUUUUCAUCUUAAUGUGCCUUCUAUACUCA